CUGGAUUAUCAGCACGUCCAGGUCCCCUUUGAAAUCACGCUCUGGAUCAUGCUGGCAUCCUUGGCCAAAAUAGGGUUCCAUCUCUACAACAAGCUGCCUUCCGUCGUUCCCGAAAGCUGUUUGUUGAUAUUUGUGGGGCUCAUCAUGGGGGGAAUCAUCUAUGGGCUAAAUGAUAGGUCACCACCAGUGAUGGACAGCGACAUCUUCUUCCUCUACCUUCUGCCCCCCAUCGUGCUGGACGCCGGCUACUUCAUGCCCAGCCGCCCCUUUUUCGAGAACAUCGGCACCAUCCUGCUCUACGCGGUGGUGGGCACCAUCUGGAACGUGUUUGGGAUCGGCUUUUCCCUCUAUGGGAUCUGCCAGGUGAAAGCCUUCCAGCUGCAGGAUGUGUCCCUGCUGCACAACCUCCUGUUCGGCAGCCUCAUCGCCGCCGUCGACCCCGUGGCCGUGCUGGCCGUCUUUGAGGAGAUCCACGUCAACGAGAAGCUGCACAUCCUGGUUUUUGGGGAAUCGCUCCUCAACGAUGCCGUGACUGUGGUGCUCUACAAGCUCUUCCGCUCUUUCUGUGAGAUGUCGACCAUCAAAAGCGUGGAUGUUUUUGCUGGGGUUGGAAAAUUCUUCGUGGUUGGGCUGGGAGGAGUUUUAGUGGGGCUGAGUUUUGGGUUCACCGCCGCCUUCACCACGCGCUUCACCAAGGACAUCCGAGUCAUCGAGCCCCUCUUCGUGUUCCUGUACAGCUACCUGUCCUACCUCACUGCAGAGAUGUUCCACCUCUCCGGGAUCGUGGCCAUCAUUUCCUGUGCCAUGGGCAUGAAGCGUUACGUGGAGGCCAACAUCUCCCUCAAGUCCCACACCACAGUCAAAUACUUCAUGAAGAUGUGGAGCAGUGUGAGCGACACCCUCAUCUUCAUCUUCCUCGGAGUUUCCACCAUCGGAGAAAACCACGAGUGGAACUGGCCCUACAUUUGCUUCACGGUUAUUUUCUGUCUCAUUUGGAGGGCGCUUGGGGUUCUUGUGCUGACUUUCUUUGUGAACAGAUUUCACGUGAACACCAUCACCAGUAAGGACCAGUUCAUCAUUGCCUACGGGGGGCUCCGAGGGGCCAUUUGCUUCUCUUUGGUUUUCCUGCUGCCUGACUUCCACAGGAAAAAGCUCUUUAUUGCAGCAACAACUGUCGUCAUCCUCUUCACCGUGUUUGUACAGGGAAUGACCAUCCGCCCCCUCGUUGAUCUGUUGGCUGUCAAGAGGAAAAGGGAGAGUGCUCCCACCGUGGGAGAGCAGAUCCACAUUCGGUUCUUGGAUCAUUUGCUGGCUGGCAUUGAAGAUAUAUCUGGACACUGGGGACAGUAUUACUGGAAAGACAAAUUGGAAUAUUUCAACAGCAAAUACCUGCAGAAGAUCCUGCUCAGGGAGUACGACCAGCCCAAGUCCAGCAUCGUGCUGCUCUACGAGAAGCUGGAGCGCAAGCACGCCAUCGAGCUGGCCCAGGCUGGGCAGCUGGGCCACGGCCCAGCCCACCCCUCCUUCCUGACUGUCAUAACAGACCAAAAACUGGAGGACACUCCAAAUCCUGAUGUCCUGGACAACAUGCAGGAAAUAUUGGCGAGGAACCUGUACCGGAUCAGGAGGACGGGCCCGGCGUACAACAGGCACACCCUGCCCGGGGACAGCGAGCCCACAGAGCGGGCCAAGGAGAUCCUGAUCCUGCGGCACAAGAGCCUGCUGGUGGAGGUGAGCGGGAGCGACUCCUGCAGCUCCAGGAAGGAGCCUGCUUCUUGA